UUUAGCUUCCUCCCUUAAAAAGAGAGAAUUGCAUUAUGGUUGAUGGUGUUUUUGUGUGUGCAAGGGAGCAAAAACUGGUAUGUUACUUUGAGGUAACAUUUGGCCAUAGAGGGUUAAUCCCACUGUUGGGCGUAUCAAGUGGACUAUACGAAACUAACUGUGUUAGUGCUUCAUCUGUUCAGUGCUGAGGAACUAUCUCUGCCGGAUGUUACCCGCAGACAGCUAUGGAUGCAAAUGUUAUCUGUUUUGUUUUGUUUUUUUUACCUCGUUGUUACUUAGUACACUCGGGCAAGAUGGGCAAUUGGAACUGUUUCUUCUUUCUUCUCAUCAGUUGUAAUUUCAUGGGUGUCUCUGGCUAUCCAAGUGGCUUAGUUACAGAUUCAUGCAGUAGCAUGACACCACAGCAUGGUGGAACCAAUGCUCAGACUUCAGCUGCUCCCUUCAGCGUCACAGCUAGUAAAGCCACAUACAGUCCAGGAGAUCAAAUCACAGUGACUCUCCAAGCUAAAUCAGGUACCUUCCGAGGGUUCUUGCUGCAAGCUCGGCAGAUUGGAGGACGUGCUGCUGUUGGUUCUUUCACAAUCACUGAUCCUACAAACACUCAGGGUCUAAACUGCAAUGCAGCUAAUUCAGCUGUCAGUCACACGUCUAAGUCAGACAAGUCAACGAUCCAAGCAACAUGGAAUGCACCCAGUUCUGGCACUGGGAAUAUCGAAUUCAGUGCCACUUUUGUCAGGGUGUAUGAAACAUUUUGGAGCCAAGUUAAAAGUUCACAACUGAAUUUCAAUACUACUGCACCUCAAAGUUCUGUACCUGGAAGUUCAUCGUCAUCAUUUAAUCCAAGUUCAUCCCUGGUAUUCAUUUCCAGUACUGGUUGUGGCACCAAUAAAACCUGCUUCAGCAAUCCUGCAGGAUGUGAUGCAGCCACGAACGCAGACUGCUAUUUCAUGUCUUCUGCUUCACCACAAGGAGGCAGUGAUGGUAUCCAGUUUGAAAUUAGCGGCAAAUCCAACGGUUACAUUUCUAUUGGAUUUUCAGAUGACACAGAAAUGGGAAAUGAUGACAUUUAUAUCUGUGGCCAGGAUGGUAAUGGAAACAUCCAGGUCCAACAUGCUUUUUCUACAGGAAGAAGUACACCUACAAUUAAACCUCUGGAAAAUGUUAAUAACAUCUCAACUUCUUUCAACAAUGGGAUCAUCAAAUGCUCUUUUAUAACAAGAAACAGCAUAUCAACACAGCAGAGAGCUGCAGAUACCUCUUACUACAUAUUUAUAGCUAAUGGACCGACAAAUGGCGGGGCAAUACAGUACCAUCCUUCAAGACCUUUUAUUACUGAGGACAAAGUUAAUCUUUUAGGUUCCCAGUUAGCAAGUGGAAAUGCAAACGCACCUGCUAUUAUUAAAACACACGGUGCUCUUAUGUUAAUAGCCUGGAUGACCACAGGAAGUAUUGGAAUGAUAAGUGCCAGAUAUUUUAAGCAAGUAUCAAAAGGGAUACAAAUUCUUGGAAAAGACAUCUGGUUUCAGGCCCAUGUGUUCCUUAUGCUGCUAACUGUAGCUGCAACAAUCACUGCCUUUGUGCUUGCCUUUGUAUCUGUGAGAGGGUGGAGUGGUGGCGCUCAUCCUGUUAUAGGGUGUAUAGUGAUGGGUCUAGCCUUGAUCCAGCCACUUAUUGCUGUCUUUCGUUGUGCUCCAGACAGCAAAAGGAGGAUUGUCUUCAAUCUCGUGCAUGCUAUAAAUGCUUUGGUGAUCAAAGUUCUUGCAGUGACCUCAAUAUUUCUUGGUCUGCAGCUGCUUGAUAACUCACCAAAUCAAUGGCUGCCUAAAGUUAUGGGAGGUUUCGUUGGAUGGGAAUUCCUUAUUUAUCUCGUACUAGAUUUCAAUCUCUUUUUAAAAAAGGAAGAAUUAUAUGAUAAUGUAGUGAAGACUCCACCUGAACCAAUGGUGCUGCUUAUUUACAUUCUUGGAAACUUGAUGUUUUUGAUAGCUCUUCUGGUUGGAAUUGGCCAAACAUAAGCUGACCCACACAAAUGGAAUGCUCAAACUUUAUACUGUGGGAUGAAUAGACACUGCUGGCAGUUAUAGUCUUUUAAUUAGAUUAUGUUCUUUCUCUCAGUCAGGUGUAUAAUGUUGUGUAUAUAUUAUGAUUGAAAAUAAUAAAUCAUGUUUUAUAUACAGCAUAAGGAUGUUUGUCAAAACACCUUCCACAACACUGUCAAUAGGGUGUAGCUAGCAAAGCAGAGCCAGUGAUUGUUUAGGGAAGACUGUCCAUACUCUUUUAGGACCAUGUUAAUGUAAUGAAUCUCCUCCUAGUGGCUGAUCAGUUAAUACGGACAUCAGCAUACAACAUGUAGUUACCUCUAGACUACAGAGCUUGCUCUUCAGUUGAAUGGUAAGCCUUUCUCUUUGAACUGUAUGGUUUGCGGUUCGCAUCCAGUCCUUGCUUUUCCAUUCAAUAGCCAAAGUAUAUUAAUUGAUGGAAUUUGGUUGUGAAUAUACUUUCUUGCACCUUUCUGCAUUUUAAGUUUUGUGUAUUAAGAAGAACAAAAAUGAACUAGUCAACAUAAUUUCAUAAAACUGCAUGAAUACAGCCAUCUGUCAUACACGCACAAUAAUUAUAUAAUUCAGAUGAAACAUACCAUCAAUUAUUGCAAACUCAGUUGUGCUGUAAGAAAUCGUUUUGUUGGAGGAAAAAAAUAUGGAUAACUUUGGCAGUCAUAAAUAAUAAUACAUUUCAAUAAGCAGUUUGCAGGGGGUAGUGGCUGUCUUAUCAUAUCAAACUUUUCAUUAGCAUUUUCAUGUCAUUUGCAGUACUGUGUUUGCAAUUGUAGUAGUGUAUUUUAAAGGGGAAGUCUCAUUUAGGAUUUUUAAAAUCAAUUAUAAGUGUACAACAUAUCUGGUUGUAAUCACAAAUAAAGCAUGUGCUUACCGGUUUUUGUUACA